GCUGUUUACACAGACAUGUUACUCGUGCACUCAUGGCCCUGCUCGGUCCUGCGUGAGACAAAGAAUCACAUGCUGUCCUGCAUGGUGUCAAAUCGGAGCAGGUAGACAACAGAAGGAAGGCAAACAUGAUUUUUAUGACUCUGUCCUGUCUGGUGCUCCUGCUGCCUGGCGUCAGCGCUCUAAUGGGAUAUCAACAGGUUGAGAAGCUUAAUAACCUCUCCAUCGGUUCAGGAAAUACUGUUUUGUCUUCAGGAUAUUCUGCUGACCAGUCAGUGAGCGAACGUCUGCGUCGCUCAACUCUGCCUGAUGUAACACAUCUGGAGCUGAUGGUGGUCGUAGGACCUGAUGUCCAGCAGGUUCACAAGCAGGAUACAGAGAAAUACAUUCUCACUAAUCUCAACAUUGCCUCAGAGCUGCUGAGAGACACGACUCUGGGUGCCAACAUGAGGGUGCACCUGGUUCGAAUGGUUAUCCUUUCAGAGCCAGAGCCAGAGAUCCAAAUGUCCUCCAACAUCACAUCUUCUCUGAGAAGUGUGUGCGACUGGGGCAGAAGGAUCAACCCCUCUAACGACACAGAUCCGCUGCAUGCUGAUCUCUUGUUGUAUGUUACAAGGUUUGACCUGGAGCUGCUUGAUGGGAACAAGCAGGUCAGGGGAGUGACGCAGCUGGGUGGGGUUUGUUCCAGCGAGUGGAGCUGUGUGAUUACUGAGGACACAGGGUUCGAUCUGGGCAUCACCAUCGCUCAUGAACUUGGUCACAGUUUUGGAAUCAACCACGACGGCGUUGGAAACAUCUGCAGCCGGAGCGGCUUCAUGAUGGCGUCUGAUGGAGGCUACAACAGCGUGGAUCUGACCUGGUCUCCCUGCAGCAGGCAGCAGCUUUUCAUGUUCUUCAGAGAAGGGAGAGCAGAGUGUGUGAAGGACUUGCCUGAACUCAGAGGUUCCCUACAAGACUGGAAGCCCGGCCUGUAUUACGGUGUUGAUGACCAGUGUCGUAUAGCUUUUGGCAGCACUGCAAGAGCAUGCUCGUUCACAAGUCCUGACCUGCCGGCUUGUCGUAUCCUGUCCUGCCAUGUUGAACCUGAUGACGACAGAUCCUGCAAGCGCCUCCUGGUUCCUCUGCUGGAUGGCACAGAAUGUGCUCCUAACCAGUGGUGUCUAAAGGGACAGUGUGUGUCUCCAGAUGAUAUUGGCUCCUCAGUUGUUGUCAAUGGCUCCUGGUCCAGCUGGUCCGAGUUUUCCUCAUGCUCACGGACUUGUGGUGGGGGAGUGACACUCCGUGCACGACAAUGCAAUAACCCGAGACCUGCUUUUGGAGGCAAUGACUGUGAUGGUUCAGACAUUGAGGCUGAACUUUGCCACCAGCAGCCUUGUGAGGACACUCAGCAGGACUUCAUGGCAGAGCAGUGUUCCCAAACAGACUCCAUCCCUCUCUACCUGCAACCAAAAAUGGCCUCUUUCUACAAAUGGAUCCCUGCUCUCGGCUUUGUGAAAGGGGAUGAGCAGUGCAAAUACAUGUGCCUGUCAGAUGGAGAAAGCUUCAUGGUGAGUCGUGGCUCUCACUUUGUGGAUGGAACACGUUGUGAGUCAGACAGCAGGUCUGCUUUUGGAACAACAGCCGCUUGUCUACAGGGCAGAUGCCAGCUGUUUGGCUGUGAUGGUGUGCUGCAUUCUGGAAAAGUGUGGGAUGUGUGCGGAGUGUGUGAUGGAGAUGGGUCAACCUGCAGUUUGACAUCUGACUCCUACAGAGGUGGUCAGGCUAAAGAGUACACCACUUUUCUGACUCUGCCAGUGAAUGCCACACAGGUUCACAUCAUCAACAAGGCACCGCUAUUUACUCAUUUGGCUGUGCUGGUUGGGGGUCAGUACAUUGUGUCGGGAGCAGGCAGCAUAGCCGUAAAUGUCACCCAUCCAUCCGUGUUGGAUGAGAACCAUCUGGAGUACCGCCUCUACCUGACCCCUGACUUUUUACCUGAGAUGGAGGAAGUGAUUGUGCCCGGUCCACUGAAACAGGAGAUAGACAUGCAGAUCUAUCGCAAAUAUGGAAAGGAAUAUGGUGACAAAACAAAUCCGAACAUCAGCUAUGAGUUUUAUGUUCCUGCCAGAAACAGUAAUGUGACUGAUGACACCAUGCGAGGUGCAUGGGCUGUUCACACAACAUCUUGUUCUGUUUCCUGUGGAUCAGGUGUGCAGAAGAAUGUGCAUGUCUGUGUUGACAAAGGAAAUAAAAUACAUUUGCAGCAGCACCACUGUAAAGAUCCUCCUCCAAACACCCCCCUCCACACAAUCUGUCACCUAACAGCAUGUCCCCCCAGGUGGGAUGCAGGAAGUUUUGGCGCUUGCAGUGCCUCCUGUGGAGGGGGAGUGAGGCUCCGUCUUGUCCGAUGUGUUCAAAAACAAGGAUCUGAGUUGGUGAUUGUUCAAGACUCUGAAUGUUCCUCUGACGCUGCUCCACACUCUGCUGAAAAGUGUAAUAUGCAACACUGUCCUGCCAGGUGGUCUGUGUCUGAGCCAGGAAACUGUUCUGCAGUGUGCGGACCAGGAGAAGCAAAACGUGUUGUGUCAUGUGUUCGGCAAGAGGAUGGACAAGAGGUUGAAGUGGAUCAAACUUUUUGUUUGAAGCAGAUCAAACCACUUGAUCUUGUGCUCUGUGUCAUAGAUGUUUGCCCCAUUGGGUGGGAAUCUAAGAGGGAGGAGCUGCCCAUCCAAAGGGCUGACAUGACACCACGCUCCAGACAGGCUCGUGUGUUUGUGUGGAGUCCUGUUGUCAGUCAGUGUUCAAAGACCUGUGGAAAUGGAACCCUGCAGGUGUGGUUCUCUUGUGUGGAUCACCAGACCAGACUGGGGGUUCCUGACUUCAACUGUGAUGCUUCUACCAAACCUGAUCCUCACACUGAGAUCUGUGUCUCAUCCCCCUGUCCUCCUAUGUGGCGCUCUAAGCAAGGAGUCUGCAGUGUAACGUGUGGAGGAGGUGUAGCCACUAGGGUGCUGUACUGUGCUGUAGAAGUAGAGGGAGAGGAGGUGGUGCUGGGUGACUCCAACUGCAGUGACUUUCCUAAGCCCACAGCAGUGGUUGCCUGUAAUACUCAUAGCUGUCCUGCAAAAUGGAGGGUAGUCAGGACGUCACCUUGUUCUGCAUCCUGUGAUCUGGGGAUCACUCAAAGAAACGUGUCCUGUCUUCAGUUUAUCCACGGCAAAGAAAGCAUGGUGUCGGAGCAUAACUGCCGCUCAGCGGUCAAACCGGCCACUACAGCACCCUGCCUGGUGCAGGUCUGCACCUACAGGUGGGAGGUGAAGCCAUGGAGCCAGUGUUCAGCCCCCUGUGGAUAUGGUAUCCAGUCCAGAGCUGUCUCCUGCAUGGGCCCCUCCAAGCCGGAGCCCCUCAGCCCCUUGUUCUGUAUGAAUAUUCCUAAACCAAUCACCAUCCAGGGCUGCUACAGGGCCAGCUGCACAAAUGCGGCCUUCAACUCCACUGCUCCAAAAACAAAAGUUAACCUUGCAGAGUCACCUCUCCCAUCUGCAGUUGUGAUCUAUAAAGAUAAACCACAGAACCGUGCGGGCAAUGCUUUAGCAAGUCCAACUGAGGCCAUAACCACUCAACAAACCACCACGCCCACCCCGACACCCAGUGUUUGUGGACAGCUCUUCUUGGAGGAAUCAGGCACAGUGGAUCUGCAAGGUGUAAACAGAAGAUGCACCGUAUCCAUAGGUCGACCCCUGGAUGAGAUCAUCCAUGUGAAAAUCCUGUCUAGCUCCUUGGACUGCAAGAAAAAGGAGUACGUGGCUUUUUUUGACCGUCUGGCUUUUGUGAGGAAGUGUGCGCAGGUGGCAGAUAGUCAACUUACCAGCAGAACCAACGUUCUGCUUGUGCGGCAAAAUGUGUUCACUCCUGGGAAUGGAGUUGUGUUUACCUACAGCUCACAGAAGAACAUGAAGAGGAGCCUCCAUUAUGAUUGUGAUAUUCAGCUAUUUGCCCCCAGGGGCAUUUUUGAGAAUCCGGUAAGGCUGAACUCCAACCACUCCUGCCGGGUACUCAUCAACGCCCCUCCCUCAGUGAAAAUCAGAAUCCAAGCACUGCACAUAGGAUUAGUAUUCAAUGCCACCAAUUCCCAGUCUACAUAUAUAAUGAUCCGGGACAUGGAUGUCCUGAAGACCAACGUGUUUAACGGUCCACAGCUGUUCCAGUGGCACUCCUCUGGAAAUAUGGCUGAGAUUGAAUUUCAUGGUGACUACCUGCAUACCAAAGGGACAUUCAGAGCUCAAUAUUCCUUUGUGCAUCUUGGAUCCAAGAGAUGAACUAUACGAGUCAGUUUGUGUAAUAUUCACAAUAGUUAAAUGAACGUUUAUUCUAUUCUGUAAAAAAUAUCUUCAAUAAUUUACUUACCUGCAGUGUGUGCUAAAUGCUCUGACCUGAAAUAUAUAACAUACAAGCCACUAAAAUCUGCUUAAGUAUGGAAACAGGAAAAACUAUCUGUUCUCUUUCAGUUAUUUUACAAUAAUCUUAAAUAUUUAUUUUUAACUAUAGAUAUUUUCUCCUCUUAUAAACAGUGCUUUGACAUUCACACAUUGUGCAUUUCCACCAAACUGUGCAGUAACAGGUUUCCACUUAGAACACUUUGCAUCUUUGCCAGUGUGGCAUUCUGCCAACUUCGCUGGCAACAACUUGAUUCAGUUUCGACCUCCAGACGCGACCGGGCUCAUGUGUGGGAUCACUGUCUGGUCCUGGCCGUGUCUUCCAGGAGAGCUCUCAUGUCCAACAGUGCGUCCUCCACAGCCUGGGCAAAGCUGGCAGCGUUUGUCUCCUCACAGCUGUUGAAGGCAGUGAUGGCAAUGUUGAUAUGCUCAUCCAUGGGAUUGUAACACACUCCGUAGCCAUCUGGCACCAUUGGACCGAAGCACAUGACGCAGUCUGUCUUGGAGCCAACCUGGAUUUUGAGAUGCGAGAGAGUAAAUAUGCAAGUAAAUAAAUAAAUGUGUAAACAAUCAUUUGCUAGGUGAUGAUAAGCUGCUGGCUUUCAUAGAAAUGCAAAUAUACCUGGCUCGUGGAGAGAUUAAAAUGAUGAGCUACUGCAUAGGAAGUAUCCAUGAAUAUCCCAGGCAUGGAGGUCAGGUCCACAAUGCUCUGCAUCCUCAGCCCAAGCAGAUGUCUGUCUAUGGCCUGUCCAUGAAUCGCCUAAAAACCAAAGGUUACAUGUGGAUGAGACAUUUCUAUUGUUUAAGUAAACAAACAGUAAUUUUAAAAAUCAGA